AUGAUUGCUUACCAAAUGAAAUUAGAUGGUAGAACAUAUAGAUAUAUCAUUCCUACAUUUGCAUUUGCUGAAGAGGACAAGGCAUCAUUACCCUCUCGAGAAGAAUGUGAUGUAGAAAAACGAAUGGAAGAGUUGUCGGUUAUCGAAGGAAAACCAUAUAACGACUUUCGAUUAAAUUCAGAAACUUUAGAAAAAAUAAAUCUAUUUAUGAAACUUUUUCAAGGAACUCAUAAUUUUCAUAAUUUUACAUCAAAAGUAAAGCCAUUAGAUCCUCGGGCAAAACGUUAUAUAAUUAAAUUUCAAUGCGUAGAAACAUUUAUCUCAGAAAAUAUAGAAUUUGCAAUAAUAGAAAUUAAAGGCCAAAGUUUCAUGUUACAUCAAAUUAGAAAAAUGGUUUCUAUGGUUAUUGCAUUUUUAAGAAAUAUGGCGACAGAAGAUUCUUUAAAACAGGCAUUUAAAGAUGAAAAAAUGGAUAUACCAUUAGCUCCCAGUUUAGGUUUAUCUUUAAAUUAUGUAAGAAAUUAA